CUGCUAUUCAGCCCCUCGGAGAUACUCUCAACCCAGGUACUGACAUUCCUGCAGCAGCUUCAGCUUUUAUUUUUUACACUAAGAUUCUGGAAGAUGCAUAAACAAUAUAAAUGUGUGAGCCCUACCGAUGACGUCAGUGUGAAGACUGAAAAUGGACAUCAACGUAAGAAAUAUCGCUACGUACGUAAAGAGGGCAACUGUGACAUUGUGUUCCGCCAUGUUCCAGAGGAGUGGCUGCUGUUUGUAACAGAUAUCUUCACCACCUUGGUUGAGAUCAGAUGGAGGGUGAUGUUCCUGAUCUUUGCCCUCUCUUACAUCCUGUCUUGGCUCUUCUUUGGCAUCCUCUUCUGGGUCAUCGCUCUCGCUCACGGUGACAUCAAAGAUGAAACAACCAACCCCUGUGUGUACGAAGUCCGCAGCUUCACAGCUGCUUUCCUCUUCUCGCUCGAAACUCAGACCACCAUCGGCUAUGGCUUCAGAGGAAUGUCCGAGAACUGCAUGAUUGCCAUCAUCAUCGUCACUAUACAAGAUGUUAUCAGCUGCUUCAUCGACACCUUCGUCAUUGGAAUUGUUGUCGCCAAAAUGGCCUCAGCCAGAAAAAGAGCACAGACGGUGGGCUUCAGCAACUGUGCUGUCAUUAAUCUUCGCGAUAGUUACCUGUGUCUUUCCUGGAGAGUCGGGGACUUCCGCAGACACCACCUGGUGGAGGGGACGGCUUGUGCUCAGAUAGUCCGCUCCACGAUGCAUGCCACAGGGAAAGUGGACAUAACCUAUGAAGACCUGGUCAUCCAACAGAGGGACAUCACCCUGGUCACACCCACCACCAUCUUCCAUAGGAUUGAGCCAGGUAGUCCACUGUACAAGAUGAGUUUGAUAGAUCUGCGUAAAGCAGACUUUGAGCUGGUGGUUUCGUUUACCUACACAGACGACUCCACAGGUAUGCUGCAUCAGACCCGUACUUCAUACACUCCAGCGGAAAUCCUCUGGGGUCAGCUCUUCCAGGAGAUGAUCAGGGUCAGCAGGAGGCACUACAGGGUGGAUUACAACUUGUUCAAUCACACUGCUAAGGUGCUGGUGCCUGAGGUCAGCGCUGAGGAGUAUGAACACAAGAAGCAGCUGCGGCCCUCUCCUCGCCAUUCUCCACGACAUUCACCCAGAUCUUCCCCACGGCCUUCACCCAGAUCUUCCCCACGGCCCUCACCCAGAUCUUCUCCACGGCCCUCUCCAAGGUCACAACGGCAGAAUCAUCAAGAAAACCUUUUGAAACCUCCAACGGUAACAGUGGAACUUGUGAGCGACAGCCACCCUGAACCAACUGAUUCAACAUCUCAAGAAGAGAGUCAACAUCAAGACACUUUGACUCUGCCACAUGACCUCACAAGUACAGAAGUAUAAAGCAGAACCAUAUUUGCAGUGGCUAUUCUGAAAUACAUUGUGCUAAUUUUCCAUUUUUUCAAAGAAACCAUUGUUAUGCAAUAAAAAAAAAUCCAGAACAGUUAGUAAAUAGAUCUUAUGUUGAGAUUUUUGUCAACUGUUUUUAUAUUCUUUAUAAUGUGUGAAAAGAAAAUAUGAGCAGGCCAAAACUUAAGAGUGUGUAUGUUACUUAUUUAAAAAGGUCAGAUGUUUUAAUGUAAAGUUUAAAGUCAAAUCUCUGUUCAUAGUAAAUAACCAGAAGUCAUAGAGGCGAUGACAGUAAUGUCCCUCAUGAGUGAAGUCAUCAAAGUUUAUAUGAAACACAUGGAAAAUGUUAAGCUUACUUCAUGUUUGUGGUGGAGGAAUCACAUUUAUUUAGUACCAAGAAGUCAAGAUCUUCAAAAACCAGUUCAAAUAUUUUACAUCCUGAUCUGCUGCAACA